CGACGGUGCCGCAACUGCGAUGCUCAGACUGAAACACCGUCUGACCACCAUGUCCUCCGCCGCCGCCGCCACCACCAUGAUAUCUUCGUCUCCUCUACCCCUCAGAAACCCUAGAUUACCAAUAUCAUCAAAUUCUAGCAUCUUCCGUAGUGUAAGAUUCAGCAACCGCCUUCCUCUCCCCACUAGCUUAUCCAGAGUUUCACUUCGUUGUUUCGCGUCUGCUACCACCACUGCCAUCGAAAAAAUCCGCGUUCUCAAUCCAAUAGUUGAGAUGGACGGCGAUGAAAUGACGAGGAUCAUAUGGCAGAUGAUUAAAGACAAGCUCAUUUUUCCGUACAUAGAUUUGGAUGUGAAAUAUUUUGAUUUAGGAAUAUUGAAUCGUGAUGCUACUGAUGAUGAGGUCACUGUAGAAAGUGCCCAUGCUGCUCUGAAGUAUAAUGUUGCUGUAAAAUGUGCUACAAUCACACCUGAUGAGACAAGAGUCAAAGAAUUUGGGUUGAAGUCUAUGUGGAGGAGUCCCAACGGCACAAUCAGGAAUAUUUUAAAUGGGACCGUUUUUCGUGAGCCUAUUAUGUGCAAGAACGUUCCAAGGAUAGUUCCAGGGUGGAAGAAACCAAUCUGUAUUGGCAGGCAUGCUUUCGGUGACCAAUAUCGUGCUACAGAUGCAGUCAUUAAAGGACCAGGAAAACUCAAGUUGGUUUUCGUCCCAGAGAAUGAUGAAACUCCCAUGGAGCUUGAUGUUUUCGACUUUAAGGGUCCUGGAAUUGCACUUGCAAUGUAUAAUGUUGAUGAGUCCAUUCGUGCGUUUGCUGAAUCAUCAAUGGCAAUGGCACUUUCAAAGAAAUGGCCUCUAUAUCUUAGCACCAAAAAUACUAUUCUGAAGAAAUAUGAUGGCAGGUUUAAGGACAUUUUUCAGGAGGCAUAUGAGGAGAAUUGGAAGGAGAAAUUUGAAGAACAUUCAAUAUGGUAUGAGCAUCGAUUGAUUGAUGAUAUGGUGGCUUAUGCACUCAAAAGUGAUGGAGGGUAUGUCUGGGCAUGCAAGAACUAUGAUGGAGAUGUCCAGAGCGAUUUACUUGCCCAAGGAUUUGGUUCUCUGGGUCUCAUGACUUCAGUUUUGCUAUCAUCAGAUGGGAAAACACUGGAAGCUGAGGCAGCCCAUGGAACUGUAACUCGUCAUUUUCGGCAGCACCAGAAGGGAAACGAAACCAGUACAAACAGUAUUGCUUCUAUCUUUGCAUGGACAAGAGGACUCGAACAUCGUGCCAAGUUGGAUAAGAAUGAAAGAUUGGCGGACUUUGUUAAAAAGCUAGAGAGUGCAUGCGUUGAGACAGUCGAAUCAGGAAAGAUGACCAAGGAUCUUGCUAUUUUAAUCCAUGGACCCAAGGCAUCAAGGGAGUUCUACUUGAACACCGAAGAGUUCAUUGAUGCCGUUGCUCAGAAUCUCGACUCGAAGCUUCAAACUCUUGCAAUUCAUUAAAGUAAGAUCGGUUCACAAGAGCCAUUGGCUAUGACCAACUUCCGUGAAAACGAACAGUAGAAGCCAAUAUCAAACAUGUUCUACGGGUCUAUUUGUUCUGACCAAAAUAAUUCUUUUUGCAGAGGACCGGGCUUUUUUAUGGAGUUGGUUGGUCACUCAAUUCCAACGUAACGCCUCGGGAAUUAUUUAACGUGCUUGCGUUAAAUCUGUAACAAAUUGUUGAAUCCUUAGAGUCGCAUAAACAUUUGUUACUAUAACGAAAGGCAUUUAUUUUGUCACUGACGGAUGACCGGCGAAGGUGGCUUCAGAUUUCUAAAAUCGUAUAGCACCUGAAGCAACAUCAAGUGAAGGUAUUUUACUUAAAUGUUAGAAUUUUGGAAACAAAAUAUCAAUAUACUUGGAUAAUUCAAGGAUCGUGUAUUGAACACUUUCCAAAAUCUGUGAUUUCGACCCUAUAGCCUGGGGUAUCACGAAAUUUGAUUUGGAUUUCAGGCAAAAAUACAAGAUCAAACACAUAAUUUCAUUGUUUGUUUAUGUAUCUUGAGAGAGAAAAUUUUGGCAGAGUAACAGUAUGCAAAAGAUCGUCACCCUGC